AAGACUCCAGUCUCCAAUUUCUGCGCCAAUUUCUGCCUAUUCAAUCAACAAACGCGAGUCCAAUGAUCUUGAGGACCUUGAGGGUGUCAUCAGCCUGUCUCACCUGGGGAACAUGAUGUUUGGAACUCCGAGCAACAGUACCGGCAGCAGAGUCGCGGAAUGGAACCAGGAAGCUGGAGUCAAUCCAGAGGAACUUGGAGAAUACGCUGAAGGCGAUAUUCUUAUUCCUAGGACAGCUUCUGGAAGAAGUGGACUGGCAAACAGCGCCGCCAGGUGGCCAGAUGCGACAGUUCCCUACAUGAUCAGCCCUUGGUUCAAGCCGGAGCAGUUGGAAACUAUCAUGGAGGCAAUGGAUGACUUCCGAAAGUACACUUGUAUGCAAUUUGUGCCCUACAAUGGCGAAACGGAUGAUUAUAUAAGAAUCACUGCUGGAAAUACCGGCUGUUGGUCCAGUGUAGGUCGUCUUGGAGGCCGUCAGGAUGUUAAUCUUCAGGUUCCAGGGUGUGUAGUGAAAAAAGGGACUGUUAUUCAUGAACUGAUGCAUGCUAUUGGGUUUAUUCACGAGCAGAGUCGCUAUGAUCGCGAUGAAUUUGUCGAAAUUCAGUGGCACAAUAUAAAACCAGCGAGCACAGUUAAUUUUCUGAAAGUGGGAAAAGAUACUACCGAUCACUUCGGAGUUAAGUACGACUACGGCAGUGUGAUGCAUUAUUCCAAGAAUGCUUUCUCCGCUAAUGGACAAGCGACAAUUAUUCUUAAAGAAACAAACGGUGGAUUCUUCGGAGCAUUCGACGGUUUAUUCGGUGAAACAAAGCCUUCGCUUGGUCAGCGAGAGGGCUUUAGUAAACAAGACAUCAGAAAAAUACGGAGAAUGUACAACUGCGACGGGCCAAGAAGGCGGAAUGCAAGAUCUCGCCCCCAGGUUAGUCUUUUCGAUUUCUUCUGGUAGUCAAAUGAGGGAUCCAACCAAA